AUGGCGCAGCAUAAUUUUGAGACAAAAUUUGAAGAGGCUUUGUUCAAGAAAUAUUCUCAAUGUGCAAAAUAUCUCAUUCCUAAAGAGGUGUACUACAAGACCACUGAUGAUCUGAAAACAGCAGCUGAAGCUUCCACUACCAAGUCAAGAGAAGAGGAAACUCCCAAGCUACAGGUGUUGUUUGUCAAGCCUAUUCUUUCCAGCGAAUUCAACUCUCAUGGUCAUGUUGACAUGCAGUCAUCCCCACAGGGACAAUUCAAGUGGAUCAUGGUUUACCAGUGUCACCUCACAAAGUUUGUUAUCCUGAGGCCCCUGUCUUCCAAGAGAGCUGCUGAAGUCGCCUUUCAACUGUUGGAUAUAUUCCUCCUCUUUGGUGCACCAGCCAUUCUUCAGAGUGACAUGGCUCAGAAUUCACAGCCCAAGUCAUCACAGAGCUCAAAGAGUUGUGGCCACAGCUCAUCAUGGUUUUAUGGCAAGCCCAGACAUCCCCAAAGCCAGGGUUCUGUUGAAAGAGCAACAGUGACAUCAAAGACAUUCUGGUGGCUUGGAUGA